CAAUCCAAAAGUGGCAUUAGUCCCUGCAGAGGGGUUGGGGGGAAGGGGGGUGGGGUGUUUUUAAUGCUCCUGGUCCCAUUGAUCUGCUGCUACAUGCAAGAAAGUUCUGGUUUCUGCAGCAAGUGGAGACACCUGAGGACUACAGGACAACCCGUUAAGUAUCAGCACUUCUUCCCCACAAUGUUCAACGUCACUCUGAGCCCAUCCACCAACCUCUACAUGAACUCUACCACCCCCAGUGAACCCAGUGGACGUCCUCCAUGGUACCAGUUCGCAGUGUGCGCUGUGGCCCCUUAUGGCUUCAUUUUCUACUAUGGGGUCAAGGUGUUCAACUUGGCGGUGGGAACACCCUGUAACGUCCUGGUCAUCUGGCAGAUCGCCAGCAAGAAGAGCGACACAGCCACGUCCGACAUCUUCAUCUUCAAUCUGGCCAUCCUGGAUGCCUACUUCUGCCUGAUGACGCCCAUAGAGAUGGUCAACCGGUUAAUACUGGGUGACAGUCGCAUCUGGUACUUCCAAAGGUUCGCAUAUGGUCUCAAGGAUGUAGCACCACUCUUCUUGGUGUGUAUCUGCCUCGACCGGUACAUAGCAGUGGUUCACCCCGUACUGUUCACCGGUAUCCGAGACAACAAGAUCCGCAUCGGCAUCUCUGUGGUUGUCUGGGGCCUCAUCCUGGCUUACGGCCUCACCAAGAGUAUCCUGGGAGUCAUGAGUGUCAACGAGGUCUUCAGCGGUGUCAUCCUCUUUGCCUUUGCAGUCAUGGUCUUCUGCAACAUCUCCGUCAUCUGGGUCCUCCGCCGCUCUGUGGCAGGAAAGGAGGAGAUGCACCCGGUGAAGAAAAAGGCCUUCAAGAUGGUGCUGAUCAUCCUGGCCAUCAUCGUGGCGAACUACCUUCCCCCCGUGGCGCUCAUGCCCUUUGUGCCCUACUACACGUUUGUGCAGUUCCGCUGCCAGAUCAGCAUCAGCGUGUUCUCCAUUAUGGAUCUGAGCUGCAGCAUCGAGCCUCUCCUCUACAUCACCAAGAUGGAGCGCGUGGACGGCAGGUGCUGUGGACGGAGUUUUGCUAAGAAUCCACACGAUGUCAAGGUGUGAUGGGGCCUCCAAUUAUAAAUAAACGCCAUCUUGGAAAAGUCUUUGAAAAAGGUGAUUGGAAGAGAACCCUGCAUGUACCACAUUUUGUUGUUUCAUGUCAUAUUCUCAAGAAUAUUUACAUGUUUACAAUGGAGAACAGAACAAAUGUGACUAAAUCUGACAUUAAAAUAAGAAAAUUCAGUGAAACUACCUUAACAGAAUCUGUCAAGAUCAAGUUUUGGUGCCAACUAUCAAAAUCAUAGCAAAAGAGUUUCUUUCUCAACUCACUAAUUCACACCUUUACUUCAGAAAUCAUAAGAAAAGGCUAAAAAAUAAAAAGAUUUUCCUCCAAAAGUAGCUUCAGUACAUCAGAAUGGAGGCUUUCAAGGCAGGCUUUCUCCACCAAAACCUGCAACCAGUAGCUGAAAU